AUGACUGGAUUACUGAAGAUCCCCAAAAUAUACAGUGUGAUCCUGGGCAUGGGCUACACGGAGAACGUGGACAUCUGGUCGGUGGGCUGCAUCAUGGGCGAGAUGAUCCGCGGCGGCGUGCUGUUCCCCGGCACCGACCACAUCGAUCAGUGGAACAAAAUCAUCGAACAACUGGGCACGCCAUCGGCCGCGUUCAUGGCGCGCCUGCAGCCUACAGUCCGCAACUACGUGGAGAACCGGCCGCGCUACGCCGGCUACAGCUUCGAGCGGCUCUUCCCGGACAUACUGUUCCCUAGCGACAGCAGCGAGCACAACCGCCUCAAGGCGUCGCAGGCGCGUGAUCUUCUGUCCCGCAUGUUGGUGAUCGACCCCGAGCGCCGCAUCAGCGUGGACGAGGCGCUGCUCCACCCCUACAUCAACGUGUGGUACGACGAGGGCGAGGUCAACGCGCCGGCGCCGGCGUCGUACGACCACUCGGUGGACGAGCGCGAGCACACGGUGGAGCAGUGGAAGCAGCUCAUCUACCAGGAGGUGGUGGAGUACGCCGCGCCGCAGCCGCCGCCGCCGCCGCACCACCCGCCGCCCGACCACCCGCAGCCCGCGCUCACCACAUAGGUUACAACCGAGCUGUCCGCCGAGAUAUAAGCAGCGCGCCGGACGCGCUCUCGAGCGGCGCUCACAUGACACGCCACGCGCACCACGACACGCCACGCGCGCCACGACACGCCACGUGGCAACACACGUGACGCGACACGCGCGCCAUACGACAGUGCAAACUAGGCGUUCGUUUUAUGUUUUGAAUUAGGGUUUCCAAUUAGACAUAGAUUACUGCACUACGAUAGGGGUUUAUUGGUGGUACUGACACCGUCUGUAAAAUGACGUAUAAUUUUAUUUGCCACGGGGAGUCAUCAAAAUAAAUCUUGGACAAUAAUGAUGAUAUUGGCCUAUACGGUUGUGUUAAACAGUUUAAUAAUAACCAACCUUUCAGGUCAGAAAUCAUUUGCCAUGAUGGACAAUCAGGUUAACGUAAACGUGCAAAAUGCAAAACAAAAAUGUUUCAUCAUAGAGUCAAAAUACAUUUUCACUUCACGUGAAAGUAUCGACUCCGAUUCCUAAAGGACAAAAGUUCUGACAAUUCUUCUCAUUCAGUGGGUUAGUUCCACAUUUGGCCGCUACAAUACACCCUAAUCGUAAUGUAGAUGUCUAUGGUACAAAUGCAAAACUAUUCGAAAUAUAAAUACAACAGCCCAUAUAUGCCCCGGGGUUGAUUCCGCGCUAAAUGGCUGGAGUCAUUCGAUCAUUUAGAUUCGUUAGUUGUGUUAUUUUUCCACGUAUAUUCUGGAUGAUUAUGUAUAUAUUUUGGGUAUAUAUGGGUGCGUUGGCUUUGACUCGCUCACUGUCCCGUGUGCAGACGGUGAAUGCGUCAGAGGUAAGCCAGUUCUGCUGCGAUCAACAAUAAAAAAACGACAGUGGGAAUGUUACGUAUACGGCCAAUGUCCAACUGACAAGGGGACUAAGCGUAGGCCAAUCGUAACAAUAUGAAAACUUGAUUUUUUUUUUCAUAAAAUGUCGUUCGCAGCCGACACGGCUAGAGGUAGCUAGCGCAGCCUGCGGUCCUUUCGGUAGUCCGUAGCCGGAGCGCCGGGCCGGGCCGGGUCGGAUCGGUUCGGUGGCGGGUCGGAUCGGGUCGGCGGCGGGUCGGACCGGGUCGGCGGCGGGUCGGUUCCGGUUCCUGUCGGUUCGUUUUGCGUCAAGGAGUGCCUUCGCGAGCCGCGGUUCUGCCCGACGGACUGACUGUAAACGUGUGGGUAUUUUUGUAUCGAAAUGACUCGGAUCGAUUCCCCGAUUGAUCGCGCGAUAUUUUUUACCGUCGGACGUUUCGUUUUAUUUUGUAACGUGUAUUGAAUAUUAUACUGUAAU